UUUCUUCAUCUUCUCCUCUCUCUCUCUCAUUUGAUUUUUUCUUACAGUUGCUUUCCUUUCUCUCUCUACCGCUAUCCAUUAACACACACACACACACACACUCAUACAGUGAAAGUUAUACGUACAAUUACUGCAUGUAUUUAUAUAUUAGUAUUAUAUUCGCACACUGAUAAUUAUCACGGGAAAAGUUGGGUUUUUUAAUCUUUGCCUAUUGCCACACUGCAAUCGAAGAGAUAUAGCUUCAGUGGUGGUAAAAUGAGUCGGCUCAGUGGUUUGGAGGGGUUGAUUGAGUACUAUUCGAUGAGAAAUUGUGAUGCCAAGCAUGGAUUGUUGGGUCUAGGGUUUGGUUUGUUCCCUGUUUGUGGAAAUUGGGUUUUUGUGUGAAUGUGGUUUAGGGCUUUCUGUGGUUAAUAUUUGAGUUUUAGGGCUUUCUGUUUGGGCGAAUUGAGUUAGGAAAGGUAGCUUUUUUAGGGUGAGUGAAGGAUGGAUGAUGUUCGUCAGCAGCUGCAGCAGAAACCUGAGAGCACAGAGAACGAUACUCGUUCGGAAUUCGAGAGGGGUUUGGAGGAGCUUAUGAAUGGGCAUUAUGAUGAGUACAUGUCCUUUGCUUCCUGUAGCACUCCCCGAACAACUACUACUGAGGAAGAGGAUGAUGAAGGGGAACAGCUCAUCAGGAGGAGGAGGAGGUCGGAUCUUGAUGGGGAUGACCUGGCGGAAUCUUCUGCUGCCAGGAGGCGUCACUCUAGGAUUUUGAGCAGGUGGGCUGCCAGGCAGGCGCAGGAGAUGAUGACCACGAUGGAGAGGAGGAACCGCGAGUCAGAGCUGAUGGCGCUUGCCGGCUUGCAUACGGUGUCAAUGCUUGACUCGUCGUUCCUGAGGGAGACAGAGUCUCCGACUUCGAGGCAUCAGGGGAAUGUGGAAACGCUCAGCACCCGAGCCUCAUCUAUCUUGCAGAUGUGGCGGGAGUUGGAGGAUGAGCAUGUGCUGGACCGUACUCGGGGGAGAGUAAGAGAGAGGCUGAGGCAGCAGAGGAGUGUCGAUUCUAACACCAAUGCGUCUAUAAAUACUGAAGAAGGCAGGGAGGGUGAGAAUCAGGGUAGUCUGGUUGAUGCUACUGAGAGUGAGAAUGAUUAUGCUACCUGGACGCAUGAUCAGUUGGGCCCUCAGAAUGAGAAUAGAGACCAUGACAGUUCUAGUCGUGAGCAAUCACCUGACCUUGGAGAAGUUGAAAGGGAAAGAGUGAGGCAUAUUGUUCGUGGAUGGAUGGAGAGUGGUAUCAGUGAUACUUCCUCCAAUCUUAUACAGCGGAAUGAUAUUCCAAGAGCUGAAUGGCUUGGAGAAACAGAGCGUGAGAGGGUUAGGAUUGUGAGGGAGUGGAUGCAAAUGACAAGUCAGCAAAGAGGGUCACGCAGUGGACGGAGGGAAGAACGGGAUCGGGAAACUAGGACUGGAAACCAAAGUGAUGGUGCUCGUGAAGUGUCUGCUGCUAACCAUGAAGAAAGUCAGCCAGAGCAUAUACGCAGGGAUCUUUUGAGGUUAAGAGGACGGCAAGCUGUGCUUGAUCUGCUUGUGAGGGUUGAAAGGGAAAGGCAGCGGGAACUUCAGGGUUUGCUUGAACAUCGCGCUGUAUCUGAUUUUGCUCACCGCAAUCGUAUUCAGUCACUUCUUAGAGGCCGAUUCUUGAGAAACGAGAGGCCUGCUGAGGAAGAGAGACCACCUUCAGUGGCGGCUGGUGAGUUGAAUCAAUUAAGACAGCGAAAUACGGUCUCUGGAAUGAGGGAAGGGUUCCGUUCCAGAUUGGAAAGUAUAGUUCGUGGGCAAGUAAGCAGCCAUCCAGAGACUUCGCCUAACAGUGGCAACAUUGAUUCUAGAAACGAUCAGAGUAAUACAAAUACUUCACACGAAGUGCCACAUGGAAAUCAGGAAAUUGGUGCUCAAUUUUCAGAUCGAAUGGGGAAUAUGGAUCGGAGUCCAGCUUUUCAAAUUACAAUUCAACAUGUUGCACCUGAUCAAGGAAGGAAUAGAGAAGGUCAGGUCGCUGGAGAUGAGAGAACAAGCGUACAACAAUCUGCACAGAAUGACUCUACUGGACGUAUGUAUGGUGCUUCAGAUGGCAUAGGACGAGAUGUGCAGCAAAAUCCUGCAUCCGACUGGCCAUCUGAAGAAGCAGUGGUCCAAGAUGGAGGACAGCGUCAUUUACCACAAAGCCAUGAGGUUUGGCCUGAUGAUGGCUCACGAGAGGCCGUGGACAAUUGGUCGGAAGGGCCUUCAGACCCUCCAAGAAUGCGACGAUCAGUUCCUUCUAGGAGAGUUACCAGGUUCCACCCUCCAGAUGAUGAUAAUGUGUACAGCAUGGAACUCAGGGAACUACUGAGCAGGAGGAGUGUUUCCAAUCUUCUUCGUAGUGGUUUCCGUGAGAGCCUCGAUCAGUUGAUUCAGUCAUAUGUGGAAAGGCGAGGAGGGGCUCCUAUUGAUUGGGAUCUCCACCAGAACUUGCCCCUUCCUCCAUCACCUGAGAGGGACGAGGACCAACAGAAUGACGAGCCGAAUGAAGAUCCACGUGAUGCUACUGCUAGACCUUCGCUAGUUUUACCGACUCCUCCAGCGCCACCACCACAACCUCUUUGGCACCAGGAAUUGCACCAUUCCGGAUGGUCUCGUCAUAGUGCUCAUCGUUCAGAGCUUGUAUGUUAUCCACCCUCACCCCCUCGUGUUACAACUUUCAUCGUUCAGAACUUGUCUUUUAACUCCUCUGACACACUCGAUUCUUCCAACUUCCAGCAGGAAUGGGAGAUGAUGAAUGAUCUACGCGCUGAUGUUGCCAAACUCCAGCAAGGAAUGAAUCACAUGCAGAGGAUGUUGGAAGCUUGCAUGGAUAUGCAACUGGAACUCCAACGCUCGGUCAGACAGGAAGUUUCCGCUGCUCUCAAUCGAUCACCUGGUGGACAAGGGGCUGCUGAGACAUCAGACGACGGGUCAAGAUGGGGCAACGUGAGAAAGGGCACCUGCUGCGUAUGCUGCGAUAACCAUAUUGACGCCCUACUGUACAGAUGCGGGCAUAUGUGCACGUGCUCGAAAUGUGCAAACGAGCUGGUGCACGGAGGAGGGAAAUGUCCGUUGUGUCGAGCACCCAUUGUGGAGGUGAUUAGAGCUUACUCCAUACUGUAAAAAAAGAUGUAGAGAAGAAGAAAUAAGGGAGGUUUAAACAACUGUGGUAAGAUAUAUGGUGGAGUAUGGAACAACAAUUGGCACUAAUUGCUUCCUCAUUCAAUUCGUAUAUAAAUUAAUGCCAAUUCUUUUAAGUAUGUGUGGUGACUCAAUUUCUGGUUAGCCAUGUUAAUGGAUAAAUGUUAAUUUCAUUUCUUCCAUUUAACAA